CCGUGUCAGCCUGUGAAAACAAUUCUCCAAGGACCGCUCUUUGGCGCAGGGGCGGUUGUCUCCACGGUCCUUUAGCCCGCCGCGCCUUCCCCCUUUGACCUCGACGAGGGAUCCCCUCCUGGGGGGCGGGGGAAGAGGGGUGUGUGCGCGCCGAGCGAUCUCUCCAGGCAUUGCAGGGGUACGUGGUGCGCCUGCAGUCAGGCGGGGGUGGCUUUGAAUGAAUACAGCCGCUGGCCACCGCGAGCUUCGCUACACCUCUCAGAGCGGCGCGGAGCGAGCGAGGAAGGGGGCGCCAACCCACAUUCUCCGAGUGGAUCGCCACCAACCCUCGGCUCGAGCUUUUGCUUCUCAAGCCACUAGGGCAAAAGAGCAUGCCGGUAGUGCUGUGCUGCUGAGGCGCCCGAACCGAUCUGCAGAGUUUGCAGGUCAUUAGUGCUGCACCAAACUCCAAGACAAUUGUUCUAACCCAGAAUAGUCACCAUGGACUUUAAUACUGCUGAACACCGACUCAGUGUCAUAAGGAAUCCACCUGGAUGGGAAAUAGGUGUCUAUAUUACUGGUGCACUUGCUCUUUUGGGAAUAGCUGGAGUAAACCUGUGGAAACUGUGGAAAUCUGGCAGCUAUCCUGCACCAUCUCCAUUUCCAAAUUAUGACUACAGAUACCUAGAGCAAAAGUAUGGGACCACAUAUUCUCAGAUCAAACAAAAGAGAUAUGCAGGCAACUUCCGGAAGGCAGGAGAAAAGACAUCUCCUAUUCGCAAACCAAGCCUGAAAAUGGAUGAUACUUUUGAAAACAUUAAUGAGUUGGGCACUCUGACGCUGAUGAACAGAGAGCUUGAGUUGGCUCCCUAUGGCCCCCUGAAAAAAUCAAUCUCCACUGACUCCCUCAGUUCCAUCUCCUCGAUUGGAAAUAAUUUUGGCCAAGAGUUCAUGGUGGGACAAGUGGAAGUUGGCAUGGAAUACAAUAUGAACUCCAACACCUUGCAUGUCACGCUACUGCAGGGGAAAGAUCUUAUGGAGAAGGAAGAUGUCAACUUUGAGUCCUGCUUCGUGCGCAUCAGUUUGCUUCCAGAUGAACAAAUUGUUGGCAUUUCUAGGAUCCAAAGGAGUGCCUACUCUGUCUUUUUUGAUGAGAGGUUUUCCAUCCCCUUGGAUCCUUCCGCAUUGGAGGAAAAUAGCUUGCGCUUUUCAGUCUUCGGCAUUGAUGAGGAUGAGCGAAACAUCAGCACUGGUGUUGCUGAGCUGAAGUUGUCAGACUUGGACCUCUCGAUCAGGCCUUUCAAUGCGUGGCUCUAUCUGCAGGACAUGAACAAGGCAACUGACUCCGUGGGUGAAAUCCUGCUUUCUCUUAGCUAUUUACCAACAGCAGAACGAUUAACAGUAGUUGUGGUCAAGGCCAAAAAUCUUGUGUGGACCAAUGGCAAAGUGACAGCAGAUCCUUUUGUCAAAGUGUACUUGCUGCAGGAUGGGAGGAAGAUCAGCAAGAAGAAGACUGCAACGAAGAGAGAUGAUGCAAACCCAGUGUUUAAUGAGGCCAUGAUUUUCUCAGUGCCAGCAAUUGUCCUACAGGAACUUUCUCUCCGGGUGACUGUGGCAGAGUGUUGUGAAGAUGGGAGAGCGGAAAACAUUGGCCAUGUUGUCAUAGGCCCAUCUGCAGGUGGCAUGGGCAUCACGCAUUGGAACCAGAUGUUGGCCACCUUGAGGAAGCCUGUGUCCAUGUGGCACCCAUUACGACGAAGCUAAGGGCCUGCUUGCACCUCACGGUGAAGAAUCCAGCAUGGUGCCUAAACUCUUCCAGUAGGCAGAAACUGUUGACACCUGGGAGCCAAAACUAUUUCCCCAAAUAUUCUUCACAAAAUGGAGGAGCAGCAGGGGAGGAAAAAAGCUCAGUUGCCAGAUGGGACCAUGCAAGCCUUGAAAACGCUUCAGAGAACUAAAGCAUAAGAGACGAUGUCUCUUGAGUACAAAACGUACCUUGCAGUAGUUUGUGGACAACUAAGUACAGUCUUUUGGCUUCAUCAUUCUAACAUCACCAGCUUGUGGAACCAAUCAUUUAUGAAUUUCUCUCAUACACGGUAUUGUGGCCCUGUGUGGUCUUUCCACAAAUCAGGAGGCUUUGUGGUAAGAUGAGGAAAGCUUUUGGAUUGACCCAAAUCCUAAACGCAUUUACUUGCAAGUAGAAUCCUAGAACUGAACUGUUGCAGGGGGCCUUGUGGGCCAUUUAGUCCAGCCCUCUGCUUGAUGGACAUUGUCCACAGCUAGAGCAUCCCUAACAGGUAAGCUGUCCAGUCCCUGCUUGGAGACCUCCAGCAAGGGAGAGCCCACCUUGCCCUCCCCCCACCAGUAAUUGAUUCCAUUGUCAAGCUGUUUUUACUAUUAAGAAGUUUCUCCUAAUGUUCAACCAAAAUCUAUCCACUUGAAACUUUAGCCCAUUCAAUCUAGUUGUACCACAUGAGGCAACAGAGAACAAGUCUUUGUCUUUCAAGUAUUUAAAGAGUGCUAUUAGUCCUCACUUAGUUUUCUCUUCCUCAGGCAGGCCUGCUCAAAUUAGGCCCCCCCAGCUGUUUUUGAACUACAACUCCCAUAAUCCCCAGCCACAGUGGGCCAGUAGCCAAGAUUAUGGGGACUGUAGGCCAACAUCUGCAGAAGGGCCAAAGUUGAGCAGCCCUGGAACAGACUGAGUUACUUCAGCCUUUCCUCAUAGGGCCUAUUGUCCAGAGUUCUCACCAUUUCAUCAGUUAUUCUGAACCCAUUCCAGUGUGUCUACAUCUUAAAGUGCAGCACCCAGAAUUGAACACAGUACCACAAAUGAGGUUUGACUAGAGCAGAAAAAAGUGAACUGUUACUUCUUGUGACUUGGACAUUGUCAACCUAAAAUCACAUUAGCCUAUUUUGCAGCUGCAUUUGACUCAUGUUCAGCUUGUGAUUGACUGCAGUCCAGAAAUCCUUUUCACAUGUGCCACUGCCAGACCAGGUAUCCCCCAUCAUAUAUUUGUGCGUUUGAUUAUUUAUUUAUUGCUCAAGUACAGAACUUUGCAUUUA